GCCAUGGAAGCCAACACUUCCCUCUGGCACAGCUACCUCGGCGUGAUCCUGUCCCGCGAGAGGCAGCGGAUGGAGCAUUUCCAGCGGGCCGAGGACAUCCUGCUCACCCUGCUGGAGAGCGUCCAUGCCAGAGAUCCUCGCUUCCUUGUGGACUACGCCAGGAACCUGGAAGCCUUCGAGUUCUCUCUCUGUGCCUCUGAGGACGCUGUCACCCUCGAGGUGCCCCUGCGCGUUGACGGUGACACCCUGCGAGUGCUGGCACGCCGGAGAGGGGACAGCCCGGAGCAGGGCGGGCAUCCUGCAGAGCUCAGCACCUGCUGCCUGGAACUGUGCUCUCCAGGGGCUGAUUUGGAGGACUGGACUGGUGCUGUGGAUGGGAUGGAGCACUGCCUGCUUCCAGGCAAAAUCCUGCAGCACCUGAAAGAGCUCCUUGUUUCAGCCAUCGUGCGCUGCCAACGCCUCUUCCUGCUCCAGCCAGGUGACAUCAGCGCUGAAAACCUGCGGGAAGAUGCCAUGGAGCUCUCCCUGCUGAUCCGCGGCAGCUGGAAGCCCAUUCGCUUUGACAUCGUUCCUGUGGUGAGGAGGCAGCAGGAGCCGCUGCAGCUCCGGAGGCGGCAGAGCGACAGGGGCUUCCCCGCAGGCAGCCUCAGGAGGGCCACGGAGGAGGUUCACUUUGUCCCUGCCUCCCCGCUCUGCUGGAGAUCCUCCACUCACCUUCCCCUCCUGAAGCUGCUCCGGGGAGUGGAUUCCCUGCAGGGGCCCCGCCUGGACAGCCUGCGCCUGCUGGACCAGCUCCGUGAGCAGGACUGGGGGGGCCAGGCUGGGACAGGCACCCUCACCUUCCAGCACCUCAAGAUGGUGCUGCUGUGGAGCACAGAGCUCUUCCCCUCCCCGGAGGAUUGGCAGGACCUGGAAGGUUCUGUCUACAGGCUCCUGGUGAUCCUCCUCCGCUGCCUGGCCACCCAGCACCUGCCCCACUUCCUGAACCCAGAGGAAAACCUCUUCCAAGGAAUGGCCCCAGACCUUGCCUCCCUCUACCCUAAAGUGGAGAGCUUUGCCUGGGAUCCCCAGCGCUUCCUCCGCUUCCACUUUGGCCUCCACGGGUUCAGUGGCAGCUGCCAGGCAGACACAAAGACCAGAGCCCUCCUGCAGCUCCCCAGCAAGGAUGGCUUCUGCUGGGACACAGCCUACUUUGACAUCCUGCUCAGCCAGUUCCAGGUGUUCCGGAUCCAGGACAGCGCACGCCGCUCUGCAGCCUCCCAGCUCCUCGCCAGGAUCCGCCAGGAAACCCCUCAGCAGAGCUGA